GUUUUUUUAAAUCGCGUUUUUUUUAAAAUCGCAGAACCGAUGCACCGAAGAUCCAGGAGUCGUGGGGGCACAGGUUGGCAGUGUACGGUUCUGCGAGUUGUGACGACGAUGAUGAUUGAUGAUGAUCAAUAUUACUUCUAAAGUUCGUUUAUAACCGAACGUGUUUUUGUUAACAUAAUUUAAUUCAUACAAUCGGUCUGUUGGAAAGCGAAGAGGACUUUGUUUCCCGCAUGCCACGAUGUAAGCCCCAUUGAGAAUGCAUUUGUUAACGUUGCAUUGCGUUCGCCGAAAUUGCGUUGACGGACCACAUCGUGUUUGGUAUUGCAUCUGCGGUGGCGCAGUGCUUCAGUUCCCAGCCACGGCUAACGUCAGUGCCAGGGCAACAGGUCGGGCUCAUUGUCUCACUGCGGAGCUGCCAAUGGGAACCGGCUCUGGACAAAGCGUGCACCACCUGCCGGGCGGAGCUCUUCGUCACCACCUGCCCCACGGCACACACGUCAGGGAGUCCGAGCAGACAGAGACCACGUUAUUCUGUCGCGCCGCCUUUCAAUGACACCGCCGCAACUUGUGCGGUACUGGCAGGCAUUUCCAAUCUUGGUUAACAACGGAUUAGCGCUGUACGUAAUUUGAUUUUUUUUAAUCGUUAGCCAAAAAGCCUCGUUUAUCCGCGAGACCCUUGCCUUGCCGAGGAGAGUCUGUUCAACCUUUGUUAUUUUGAGUGUUUCUUUUAUAAAUGGGAAGAAACACACAUUUUUUUUGUUAAUGUCAUUCUAAUUUAAUAUUUGAAGAACAAUAGCCUUUUGACAGGUGACUGCUCAAAGUCAAAUAUUUAAAAAAAAUGUACACAAAAAGCGUGCAGUGAGCGCAGGUGCUGGAUAUUGAAUUUGAUUGCUCGGCACAGCCUUCACCUCUCCGUAUGUUCGUCAGCAUCACGUCAUGCUUUCGUAAGGAUCUGUAAUUCCACUGAGCCGGCACAUCUUGUGCUGCGGCGGUGCCCGUGAACCCUGUGCCCAAGAGAAUCUUCCAACUCGGCACCCGGAGUCUGAAUCCAGAGCCCACCUGCCGUCCCCAGGUCACAGCAGCAGAACGAGUGUCCCUUGGCCGGCGUGGACCAUUGAAGCCGUGCACAGGAAGGCUACAAUGGUUUUGCGUUGCUGACUGCACCACCUGGGCCUUGGUACUCUCCUGUAUAUCCUACAUUUUUUAUGGAUGCCAGCUUCUGAUUGGUCGAUGACCAUGGCGUGAACUGUAAGGCUACAAUAUAUACGCAAAUAUUUCAGUGUUUUGCAUUCUGAUUGCAUACAACAUCAACAAGCAAACACUAAUGCAUGUAAAAAAAUCUCCAGCCUGUACCACUUUUCUGUCUGAUUCGUUUUUCAUCAUAUGAACCUUAUGGCGGGACUCCGGGGUCCCUUAAGCCCCCGGGUCUUGCAUAAACUAUGUUGCGACGUCAUUUUAUGUGUGCUGACGGCGAACCAUAAGGCAAUCUAUUCCUCUCGACGAGCUCUACAUGAUGUGCUAAUCAAAGUUUUGUUUAUGACUACGGCAAUUUUGGCAACGACGGGUGCUUGGUGAAGAACGAGGAGAGGACUGAUUUCUGGUGGGUCGCGGCGUUUAUGUGCGCGGUGGGACGGAGUCGCCCAAAAUAAAUAAAUUAAUUACGAUUUUUACUUCCGUUUAUUCGGGACCCCGGGGUCUGGCCAUAAGGUUAAUUAUCAGUGCACACUUCUUGCGCAGCAGUAAAGCCCCUGUAAAUCAUCUUUAAAUCAAAUAUGCAGUACUAAGCAUGUACAAAUUUAAAUGUUGACAUGUUUACCCAGGAGAGCAUCACCAAGGCUGCGCUUUGCAUGAUUUUGUUUAAAAUGUCGGAAGAAACAAAAGUGCUGGAGAAAAGCCUUGAAUAUAAUUUGGUGAAAAAAACAGUGGCUUAUAAUUAAAAAAACUGGAUACUGAGAUAACCCAGUGGACUUUUUCCUACGUGAUAAUGAUGCAUGCACAACUGGGAGGGAUUUUAAUUGGAGGACAAUGCUGAAAGCGUUAGAUGGGUGUAGAUUUUUUGUGCAACAGUCAUGCACAUUUAAUUGCUGGUAUGUCAUUGGUGCUCGUAAUGAUGGUAGAAGUGUGGGGAGAGCAUACAGGGAUAAAAUAGAUUUACAAACAGACGAACAUUUAUAUUGUGAUGUUGCAAUGUUUCAUCAUAGUGUACUUAAGAUAUCAGGAUUACGUACAAACUAAGUAAUUUUUGUAACCUUUGUGAAAAUGUCUUUGCGUGGAUCUCUGUGUUUAGCAAGGUUCGAAUGAGGUAUGAGAAGUCGUUUGUGAUUUGUAGCACAGACAGCAGGCAACAGGUAUAUUCAUGGAGAAUCCCAAAAGGAAGUGAAUGGAUUUUAUCUUGAAUUAAAGCUUUCGUGACUGCAGGAAUUCAUAUUCUUUGGGUCUUUCGGUAAAGCCACGUAGAUAGAAAAAUAAUAAAAUUAUCACGACGUUUCGAUCGGAACACAAGCAAUCGUCAUCAGGUGAAAAAAUAUAGCGAGAGAGCUGCCGAGGCAGGAGAAAAUACAGCGGGAGAGCUGCUGAAACCGAAGUUACAUAGGCUUGAGAUGGGCUCAGCCCAAGGGUAAGUGGACGGGGCUAGAGGUGGAAUUUGCAUGUCAGUGUAAGAUCGGUGAUGUACCUCCACGACGACGGCGCAGCUGUGGAGGUGGCCAUUGUAUUGUGAGAGAUUAGCAUGUGAAUGUAAACGAACCACCUCUAGCCCCGCCCACUUACCCUUGGGCUGAGCCCAUCUCAAGCCUAUAUAACUUCGUGUUUCAGCAGCUCUCUCGCUAUAUUUUUUCACAUGAUGACGAUUGCUUGUGUUGCGAUCGAAACGUCGCGAUAAUUUUAUAAUUUUUCUAUCUACGUGGCUUUACCGAAAGACCCAAAGAAUAUGAAUGGAUUCUAUUCAGUGCAUUUUAUCCACUAUAUAGUCUAUAAUAUUAAUUGCGAGCAUUGAGACUGCACAUAGACCACGUAUUUUUUACUGUCCCCAUGGAUUUGGAGCAUCUUGUGUGCACGUGCUCUGAAUUUUAAACCUUUAUUCCUAACAUAUUUUAACACUUCCCCACACCAGUUUUUAAAGACCAAAUAAUACGACCAGCCACCCUUGUAUUUUUAAACAUUUGGAAACGAGAUAUAGCCUUGAUACAAAACACAGUUCACCUGGCCAUCUUCGCAGUGACUGCUGCGACUCAGCGAGUGGGAUUUCUACAGUGUGAGUGUUAACUAAUCUCAUCAGGAAUCCCAUCCCCCUGUUUGGAAGGUGGAAUUGAUUGGCCCUCCUUUGUUACACUAUGGAGACGAGCUUUGGGACAAAGCAUGUCAUCAGUGGAGUUGCGUUACAGGAUUUUGUUCGGCAUGAGUAUAGGCUCGCCCAGCCACUUGAUUCAUAUUCAUGGGUUGGGUUAGGCUUGGGGGGUAUUAUUGAUAGCAUCACACUGUAGGCUAAGCGGCAUGCCAGGCUGAUUCUAUUAUUCAAAUUUUCAAAUGUAUUCAGAAAAUGCAUCGGCGUGUUUUGUAAAAUACAUGCCAACGAUUUCACAACUGAGGCCUUAUUUAUUAUGAAUUCAUGGAUGCAAGUUUAAAUCUGCUGUCUGGUUUAUUUAAUAUUUAUUAUUAUCCCUGGUCACCAUUCUUAAAAUAACAUAUCCCAGUUAGUGCUAACCUGAUUAUAAAUAGUGAUAAUAUUUAUUUUUCCAGGAAUUCUCACUAAGUAUCAAGACAUUUUUUUUUCAGCAAAGAUUUGCAUUUCGUCAUUUGACUUUCUGUUGUAAGACACGAUUGCCUGAAGUACACGGAGAAAACACACACAUACGAGGGGAUAACAUUCAAACGUCGGUAUAUUUGGGUUCACGAACCUACCUGCUAUAUGGCCAUCUCCUGUCUAGCUCACAGACCAGCAACUUUUUCAGAUCGACAAAACUGAUGGUCCACUAAGAACUAAUACAAAAAAGCUAGUGUACAGACAUGCACCACUAUGUUCUGCAUUGCAUCCUGCAUGCAUAUAGUCAAACUGCUUUAAACAUUUUCCAACGAAGGUUGAAAGCGUUUCUGAAUUUUCUGUGUCCAUCCGUCCAUAAUUAUCUCUGAGAUUAUUAAAUGUGAACAAACAUGUGUAUUAUUAAGGUUAUUUGCCCUUAUGGAAAACCGGCCAAAUCGUUCAAAGGGUUUCCCAAAACCUAUAUACACAAACCAGAGGAAAUAUAACUACUUGCAAAUAUGCAAAUGAUUUUUACCUUGAAAGCCACCUGUCGGCAUCGAUAUUGCAAGUUAAAAAAUUUUGAAUGUUAGAAAGCGUUAAGUAAUCCACGCGGACGCGUAGAUUUUGCUAACUUGCUUAGUUUGUGUUGGUGUUGCUUCGAGGGCGGUUGACGGGAGGAGAGUGCCACCAUGGAGUUGGCGGAGGCUGGGCGCCUGGAGCGUGCCCACGUGCACGCCAUCUACGCGCAGAUCGCGCCGUCGUUUGACGACGCGCGCUACGGAGCUUGGCCGCGCGUGCGCCACUUCCUGCAGGGACAGCCGCCCGGGAGCGUCAUCGUCGACGUCGGCUGCGGCAAUGGCAAGUACCUGGCACUGAACGGGCAGGCGUUCACACUGGGCUGCGACUACUGCCUGCCACUGGUCCAGGCGUCCCGUGCCAAAGGUCACGAGGUCAUGGUGUCGGACAACCUGCGUCUGCCACUACGAAACGGCUGUGCUGACGCCGUCAUCUCGAUCGCAGUGCUGCACCACUUCUGUACGAAGUCACGGCGUGUUCGUGCCCUGCGCGAGAUGUCACGCACCCUCCGCCCCGGUGGACGCAUCAUGGUCUACGUGUGGGCCAUGGAGCAGACUCGGCGGCGCUUCAACAAGCAGGACAUCUUUAUCCCCUGGCACCCGUCCGCUCCGCGUGGCGUUUCCACCGGCGACGCGCACGUCAAGCGGCCGCCCCCAAGGCAAAGCUCCCUGACGGCAUCGUCUCCACGGCUCUUGGCAGGACACGCAAUGGGAGACGGUGACGGUUGCCGUCGGUCGAGUGAGGAUUUGUCCAACGUCAAAUUUUACAAAUCUGCAAGGAGGUUCUCGGAAAAUGAUGUUGGGCGACGUGAUGCAGAGGAGUCUAGCUACUGUGAAAACGGAGGUGUUGAUAUGAGGAGGUACAUCUGCAACAAAAUUGCCUCUUCGAACAGUGAUUUUACCUGGGGCGGUUCCUCACCUACGCCUCACCAGAGCAGGGAACCGACCAAACAUGUAUCUCUUGUGAAUGGCAGCCCCGACCACGGCAACCAGUGCAGGAGCUCGUGCUGUGGUAGCCGUGGAAGUAGCUCUUCUUCUGUCGGAGACCUGGGUGUGAAGCGCUCCAGUGGUCGAGACCUCCGCAUGGGAAUCAGAAGUGAUUCGUGUUGCAUCGAUGAUAGGUCCAGCUCAAGCCGCCUCUACACAGCGCUGGAGAAGACUUUCGCAUCUCUCUUCUUUUCCCGGUCGCUGGAUGAGCCGCUGUCCAGGAGUGCUAAUCAUCAUCCAGGGUCAUCUGGGUCAGCUAGCCGCCCGAGCGCAGAGCCCACAAGGCACCGAAGUCUUGAGCACAACAAUUGUGGGUUCUUCCAGCCAAGCCAUCUGCCGAGCACCCACAAUUCUAGCAAAGAGGGACUGGAUGAUCUAGACCAAGAUCCUGCCUUUGAACAGAUGCGAAUGACGGAGAGCUCAGACGAAGAGGACGAUGUCUUUUUACGCCUGCGCGGAAUGGACGUGAGUGUUGGCGAUCGUACGGGCUUCUUACCUGCACGGAGAGCAUUGGGAUCACACGAGGAGGCCUCUCGCUUCGUGGAGGUCCUUGCCAGUACGUCGCGCUCCAAGGUCUGCCUUCCAGAUCUUGUAGAAGCGCCGGGUCGGAGUUGCGCGCUUGCGGGACGGGGGAUGACACAGGUCACCAAGAAGCCCUUAGAAAGUCAUUCUGCCGCCCUCCGGUUGUCUUUAAAAGAGGGUGACAGCGGCAGCCAUGUGCGGAAUGACUGUGAGUUAUUUAACGGUACUGCCAGAAGCUGUGAAUGGGACCGUCCAGAGAGCCCGGACGUAACCGAGAACAGGGAGCAUUUGAGAAAUGGCACCAAGGAAGACUUUGGUAAUGAUGAUGCUGAUGGCGAUUGUGAUGGGGAAGGUGAUGGCGGCGGGGCAGAGGGAGGAGAAACACCGGAAGAACCCCGUUGGCUGCGCUACUACCAUGUGUUUCGUGAGGGAGAGCUGGCUCAGAUGAUUGAGCGGCAUGUAGCGGGGCUGCGAGUUGUGUGCACCUACUAUGAUCAUGCAAACUGGUGCGUCAUCGCCCAGAAGGAGGGGGGAGAUGACACCUAUGUCCAGCCCAAUACGGUGCCCUCCGCUCAUUCUGACGCCCGUCCCAACGGAGCACCAAAUACCCAUUCAAAUACUCGCCCUUCUCCCAGUACCCCCCCCGAUCUGCAUUUCAGCACCCAUUCCAACACACAUUUCACUACCCAUUGCCACGCCCACUCUCACACCUAUCCAAACACCCAUCCCAACACUGCAUGAAUGUAAGCCUGCAUUUAUUAGACUUCAUUCCUCCUGCCUUCAUUAUGGCUCGGUUUUUCAUUUUCACUAAUCGGAUUCAUGCAAGAUGUGUAGACUUAACUUGAAUUUUACCAAGGAAGGUAGGGAACCGACAAUGUAGGAUUGCACAAGGAAUGCUGUGUAAAACUUACAGCAGGGUUACGGUACGAAACUCCAGUCAUCGGAAUCGCUCGUUCUAAUCUCAGAACUCAGUGCGCCUGGUCGGCGUUCAUUUUGGUUAUUUCCAAAGGGGUUCUGCUUUGCUCCGAGUGUACUUUCUGACCAGGUGGGUAGGCUGCAGUUGUUCUAUCAGCCGUCUGCACACCCUGUGCCCAGGAUACCUUGGCGAACGGUGGCGUUAUCCCGGACAAGCAUUGCAGAUAGUCGUAUACUAAUGGUACUCAAGAGCAAAAGACCAACAUCACCUAAAGCGGCAGGCUGUAGAAAAAUUAAUACUUGAAUCGGUCGCUAAACAUAUGACAACGACUCGCCGCAUCGUCUUCGGCUCAUGAAGUAAAUUAACGUGGCAGCCGCAAUCAUGAAUGACAUAUUUUCAGCAGGGGGCGUCUUUUAUCUGAAUGUUUGACCGUGGCCUCAAAGAAUGCAUAUUGUUUUGCAAAAUGUAUCACAGGGAAGAGACCAAAGCGAGUUUUCAGUGUAAAUUGAAAUGCAGCAUUGUCCAGAUUAGUUAUUGGUGGUUUCGUAUCUGGUUGAGCCCCUGAGUGAUGAUUCAUUAAAUAUUUGUUUAAGAUCAAUGACCAAACCCACCUUGCGGUGAAUGAAGAAAUAAAGUUCCACUUAUCUGCCUAGGGUUGUCAAAAUUGAGGGCCUUACAAUAUAUACUGCCUGGGAGUAACGAUUAUAGAAACUAUUUUCAUUCUAAAAACAGCUCACAUUGUGAAAUGUAGAGAAAAAUGUCGAAGGUUAGAUCAUUAAGCAAUACUGUAAAUGUAUUUAAAUCUAGACACAACCUGAAUUAUUGUCAAUAACUGGUGAAAUACAGUAUAAGCAAACGAAUGGCCCGUUUUGUAUGUCUAUUCAGCGGCCGUAAUAACAAUUUGCUUUCUAAAUAUGCAAAUAGUACAUUCCUAUGGUCCCAAGUGCUUUCAUAGCAAUAGUGAUUUACACAGAUUUGAUUGUGAGAUGUAGUGAGCUUAAGCGCACUGUAAUUUAUUUAUGUUUCUGUUUUAAAUUAUGCUGAUGAAACGUGUUAGUGCCAUCUUGGUUAUAUUUUACAGUCUGUCCCUUUUUGCAGUAUUACAAGUAAUUUUAUCUCUGUUCUAAUUUAUUGUUUUGAUUGAAUAAAGAUGCUAUUGUUGAAUU